GCAGUCAUGUGGGAAGCAAGGAGGAGAUCAUAUCGAUUUGAGAGCUCAUCCCCCUCUUUUAAACAGCCUCAGAGCUUUGCAGAGUUGAUUGGAAGAGAAAGAGAGAGCAGCUGAAAAGUAAAGAUAAAGAGAGAAAAAGUAACUCAUGGUUUCUAGGGAGCACAAGAGGGCAGCUCUGCAUGAGAAGCUGCAACUUCUUCGUUCCAUUACCAACUCUCAUGCUCUAAACCAAACCUCAAUCAUAGUAGAUGCAUCAAAGUAUAUCGAAGAGCUAAAACGGAAAGUGGAAAGACUGAAUCAAGAUAUAGCGACUGCACAAUCCUCAAAUGACCAAAACCCAUUGCCUGGGGUUACAGUAGAAACCCUAGAGAAGGGGUUCUUAAUAAAUGUGUUAUCAGAGAAGAGUUGCCCAGGCCUGCUUGUGUCCAUAUUGGAAGCCUUUGAAGAACUGGGUCUUACUGUUCUGGAAGCUAGGGUUUCUUGUGCAGAUAAUUUCCGGUUACAAGCAGUGGGAGGAGAUAAUGAAGAACAAGCGGAAAGCAUUGAUGCUCAGGUGGUGAAACAAGCUGUGGUGCAGGCCAUUAAGAACUGGAGUGGACGUACUGAACAAGAGUAAUUAACUAAGCAUCCGGCCGGUGUUAUAUAUAUAAUAUAUAUAAAUAUAUAUAUCUAUUUAUCUCUCUCUCUAUUUCGCUUUUACAAUCUUCCAUUUUCUUCCUUGUUGGUUGAAGAUCACAAACAAGUACCAAGAAAACAAAUGAGUCUAGGUUUACCAAAAUUUUCUAGCAGGCGAAUCUUGGCUUUUAUAUUGCGCAACAACAAGAAGAUUCCACGCACUGAGAUGACUCGUUGUCGUGCAUGUACGCUUAUAUAUAGUAUUGGUUUGUAGGCAGGGCUUAAUUAUUGCUUAAAUUCUAUAUAUAUUUCAUUAAUCUGCCUUCAACUACUCUUUGAUAGUUGCCUGA